AAAAAAGAAUGGAGAGAGAGGAAAAGUUGGGCUUUUAUAUGGUGUAUUACAUGUUACAUUUUACAUGUUACCAAAUGCCCUUUUGGUUUACUUUCACCAGAUUCGGAUUUAGUACUUCCGGCAAAAAGCAUUGGCAGAAGAGCGCGAAAACGCUGUCAGCUUUCAACCGAGCUAAAAUAAGCCAGAAGCACAUUUCAUCUGGUCUUGAGAAUGCCGGAGCUUCCCGAGGUCGAGGCGGCUCGAAGAGCGGUGGAGGACAACUGCAAGGGAUUGAAGAUUGUGAAAUCGAAGAUCGCCGAUGACCCUAAGGUCAUUGACGGUGUGUCUCCGGAGGACUUCGAGGCUUCACUUACUGGAAAAUCCAUCGUCGCCGCUCAUCGCAAGGGGAAAAACAUGUGGAUUCAGCUCGAUUCUCCCCCAUUUCCAACUUUUCAGUUCGGAAUGGCGGGUGCAGUAUAUAUCAAGGGAGUAGCUGUCACAAAAUACAAACGGUCUGCUGUCAAAGACGAGGACGAGUGGCCUUCCAAGUAUUCAAAGUUUUUUAUUGAAUUGGAAAAUGGCCUGGAGCUUUCCUUCACUGACAAAAGGAGAUUUGCUCGGGUUCGGUUGCUUGAAAAUCCAGUCACUGUGCCUCCUAUAUCAGAUCUUGGACCUGAUGCGCUAUUGGAGCCACUGACAAUAGAAGAGUUCCACCAAGCUCUAAGCAAGAAAAAGAUUGGAAUUAAGGCCCUUUUACUUGACCAGGGUUUUAUAUCUGGUAUUGGCAACUGGAUUGCAGAUGAGGUGCUAUAUCAAGCAAGAGUUCAUCCAAUGCAGAUCGCUUCAAGCAUGUCCAAAGCAAGUUGUGUAUCACUACUGAAGUGCAUAAAAGAGGUUACAGAGUUUUCAGUUGAUGUUGAUGCGGAUAGCAGCCGCUUCCCUAGUGAAUGGUUAUUCCAUUAUCGGUGGGGCAAAAAGCCUGGAAAAGUCAAUGGUAAGAUAAUUUCACAAUUGUGAUUUGUUUAACAGAAAAAGUUUUUUUCACAGGUUAUUGAAAAAGCUGUUGAAGUAGAAGCAGAUAGCGAUCAGUUUCCUAGUAAUUGGAUUUACCAUUCUCGGGAAAAGAAGGACAAAGCUUUUGUUGAUGGAAAGAGAAUUGAGUUUAUAACUGCGGGUGGCAGGACAACGGCCCAUGUACCUGAAUUACAAAAGCUAAGUGGGCCCCAAUCUGCCAAACCUUCUAAAAAGCAGGAAAAGGUACCAAAGGGUGAAUUCACUAAUGCUGAUGUUGAUGAAGAGGAGGCAAAAUCAGAUGAAAAUGACAGAAAAUCUAACAGUGUCAAGAGAUCUACUAACAGGAAAAGGGGCAGAAAAGGCAAUUCAGAUGGUGAUGACAAUGGAAGUGACAAUGAAGGUGAUGAAAUUCUAAAGGAAACUAGAGCUAAGAAGCCAGUAGGAAGAAAUAAGCUCAAGGAGGGCAGGCAGGACGAGACAGAUGAUAACAGGAAGAAAAUUACUGCAAAGAGUAAACCUGUUAAUGAUGAUGUUUCUUCCGGUGGGAGUGAUGAGGAGAAUGUUAGUGACACGCCUAAGAAGCCAUCAAAACGAGCCCAACCUAAAAUAGCCAAGACAUCCAUGAAAAAGGCCGCAUCCACCCAAAAGAGGAAGCAGUCCAAGAAAUCAACUUAGCUGACAUGGUCAUUAGUAGAAUAUUUCUCUGUUUAGGUGGUUUAUAAUGCUUUCUCUAGUACCCACUAAAUGAUUAUGCUGAUGGCAUGCGACCCCAUGCGUUAUCUUUGACCAGAAGAGCUUGAAUCUAGUAACCAUUUUGUAUGUGAAGUUAUGAACCUUGUAGUGCAACUUAUUUGAUCUGAUGUCCAUUUUGUGCACAUAAUGGCCUGCUGCAUCCUGACCUUUCUUUAAGGAAACUGUUGUAAACUAUUUUGAGGUUUGACAUCUCAAUGUGAUCAUUCUGAAACUAUUUAGUUUUUGGACUGAACUCAAAGUAUGGAAUCUAAAAGGAAUAUCGAGUUGAAAAGUG